CGAAAUUGCAUAUUGACGAUCUCUCUCGUAUUAUCAAAUGAUCCAGCCAUUGUUCUCAUCAAUAACGAAAUGAAAAAUAAUUCAUGAGCCUUGAUUUUUUUUAUGGUGAAACAUAUAUUCAUUUUAUACAAGAUUACAAAUACUAUGACCAAUGUUCUCAUUGUCAAGUUCUUUACCUUAUGGAAUAAAAAAAAGACAAACGUGUUAGUCAUCACUGUCAAUAGUCAUGGAAAACACAACGAACCACGAUAAAAUUGAUAAAAUACAAGAGGACCUACAAGUGUUUGCUUCUUUGUGGUCAUCCUUGCGAGCCAGAUAUGAAGGGACAAACAUUACGAAAACAAUUGCUAGUCUUCUCCAAAUGUACCGACCAGAGGACGGUAUUCAAGAAUAUGAAAGACUUUUGAAAACUGUAUUCGUAUUGCUGGAAGAUUUUGAUAUGAAUGGCUUGAGACUCCUGGUGUCCAUGGUACCUCCUCCAAAAGAUGUAUCUCAAGACGUUGUCAAAGAUAUAUUUUUCAAGGCUACUGGAUUUUCUAAACAUGAAGCCCCAAUGUUUUACCAAAAAGAGUCUUUAACCCCAGGUGUUAUAAAUUCAACUAAUAACAGAGGAAAAAACAAGAGUGAAACUGCGUCGAUAAAAAUUUGUGGAGACACAGCGAUGUCUAAUGGUCAUCAAAUACCUCUGCAAUGUUCUUCACAAGACAAUGAUUUAAUCAUCAAGCAGAGUAAUGAAAAGUUGAAUUAUUACUCCUUAAACAAUGGACAGUUGAUCAUGGAUUCUGAAAAUUUACCACAAGCUGUUAAAAUAAACUGGAUGCCUCCUUCUUUGAUGGUACACAAUGGCAAAUCUACAUUAUCCAAUUGUUACGGAGAUUUUUCCAUUAAGACUGGACGGGAGAAGAAAUUUUCGAGAAUUCCAUUAGCUAAUCUUGGGCUUAUGAUGCCUUGCAAUUUCAAUAAUAUACAGAGUUAUUAUCCAUACCAGUUGAUGUCAACUAAUAAAGUCAGUUAUCUAUAUGAGAAAAAUGAUACAUCAUGUACCUCGACAUCUUGCCAAAGCCCCCGAAUCUUUGAAAAAAAUUCAUCGUCCAUAAAAAGUGAAUGCAAAGGAUCACAAACGAAAGCUAAUUCCGUAAAUAAUGCAAUCUGCUGGCACGAUAAUUUAAUAAUCGGCAAGAACCUGGAAAGUAGCAUCGAACGAUUUUUAACUAGGGUUAAAAAUAAUACAGAUUUCAACACUAAGAGGAUCAAUCCGACUUUGAAAAGAUCUGGAGUCUCGUCGAACGAGAGAAAAGAAUUCUUUCAUGUUGGAAGCAAUAAUUAUUCUCCCUGGAAUGAUGCAAAUCAUUGGGGGAAAAAUUAUUACAUGAAAAAAUCUGACACGGCAGUCCAUCGGAGGCAAUAUUACGAUUCACUUUUCAAUUUUCAACGUACAAAAGCUGCGAUUACUCCAUUAACUCCUAUGGCAUCAACAAGUUCAUACGAUUCUCCCUAUUAUGACUACCUACAGCAACAGCAGUCGAUCUAUCAGCACCAGCAGCGUUUAAUUAUGGGCCAACAAUAUGCACAGAGAUUAGCACAAUCCGAGUUCUUAGCUUUUCGUAAUCCCUAUGGUCUAUCCAACGAUUGGAUGUCCCAAUGUACAACAUCCAGGCAAUCACAAGAGAUUGGUUCCAAGGAGUUGAAUUCAAGUUACCCCGGAUGAUGUAGAAUCUACUGGCUUAUAAAGUUGAUUCUGUGAAUGAUCAUGAGCUUGUGAUUUGCAAUUCACACCAGUUCUUCCAUGUAUCCAAGAGAGUAAAAAUGCGAAAAGUGCACAGAAUACAGCUAUACCAGCGGCCACAGUGAGUUGUGAA